ACGUACAGAGACGCCGGUCAGCAGAGUCUGCCGGAGACCGGAGUAGUGUGGUAGGCAACGCCAAGCAACAGCCAGUGCGCACGUCUCCUAUCGUAUCAGCAGCCGGCCCCAGGCUAUAUAUAUGUGAUCGUUUGUGUUCACCCUCCACUCACCAAGCCGCCCCACUACCUGACGGUGCCACUUGUGCGAUCCUGCCAUGGCCGCUGCUGUCUUGUCUUCUCGCCGCCGCGGCCAUGGCUGCUUCGUUCGCCUGGUCGCUGCCGCAGCCGUUGUUGCGGCAUUCGGGCUCGGGGCUGCUCGUGCUGAGGUGGGGAGCUCCGGUGAUGAUCGCGUGCUGCUCAACGUGGAGUCCCUCUUCCCCGGCCCGUCCUGCGCCGCGCCACAAGAGCACAAACCCAACGCCGCGACGUCAGCGAGGAUGAGGAUCGUCCACCGGCACGGUCCGUGUUCCCCUCUGGCCGACGCGCACGGGAAGCCGCCGUCCCACGCCGAGAUCCUCGCCGCCGACCAGAACCGCGUCGAGUCGAUCCAGCACCGUGCGUCCGCGACAACGACAGACAAACUGACGAAGAGCACUGCACCUGUCCAGGCAGCCCUAAAGAAGAACCCUGCAGGGCACUCGACGUCCUCCUCCACCCCGUCGCUGCCGGCGUCAUCGGGGCGCGCGCUGGGAACGGGCAACUACGUGGUGACCAUCGGGCUGGGCACGCCGGCAUCGCCGUACACGGUGGUGUUCGACACCGGCAGCGACACCACGUGGGUGCAGUGCCGCCCCUGCGUGGUCAAGUGCUACAAGCAGAAGCAGCCGCUCUUCGACCCGGCCAAGUCGUCCACCUACGCCAACAUCUCCUGCGCGGACCCCGCCUGCGCCGACCUCGACCAGAGCGGCUGCUCCGGCGGGCACUGCCUGUACGGCCUCCAGUACGGCGACGGCUCCUCUACCGUCGGCUUCUACGCCCAGGACACCCUCACCAUCGCGCACGACGCCAUCAAGGGGUUCCGGUUCGGGUGCGGGGAGAAGAACAGCGGCCUGUUCGGGAAGGCGGCCGGCCUCAUGGGGCUCGGCCGCGGGAGCACGUCGCUGACGGUGCAGGCGUCCGGCAAGUACGGCGGCGCCUUCGCGUACUGCCUCCCGGCGUCGUCGUCGGGGACGACGGGGCAUCUUGACUUCGGCCCCGGCGCGGCCCCGGCCAACGCGAAGCUGACGCCCAUGCUGACCGACAAAGGGAACACGUUCUACUUCGUUGGCCUCACGGGCAUCCGCGUCGGCGGGGAGCAGCUGUCCAUCCCGGAGACCGUCUUCUCCACGGGCGGCACGAUUGUGGACUCGGGCACGGUGAUCACGCGGCUCCCGGCGACCGCCAACGCCGCGCUGUCGUCGGCGUUCGACAAGGCCAUGGCGGCGAAAGGGUACAAGAAGGCGCCGGCGUUCUCGAUCCUCGACACGUGCUACGACUUCACGGGGAUCAGCGAGGCGACGCUGCCGGCGGUGUCGCUCGUGUUCCAGGGCGGCGCGAUCCUCGACGUGGACGCGUCGGGGAUCAUGUUCGCGGUCACGCCGGCGCAGGUGUGCCUGGCGUUUGCGUCCAACGGCGACGACACCAGCGUCGGCAUCAUCGGGAACACGCAGCAGAAGACCCACGCCGUGCUCUUCGACCUCGGCAAGAAGACCGUCGGCUUUGCGCCCGGUGCCUGCUAAUUCAUCAUUGGUUUGAGCUCCUGCUGAUUAUUGGACAACUAAGCUGCGUCCAAAACACCAAGUAGACAGUGAUUACUAUACUAGUACACAUAAAUAAUUAAAUACUGCGGCACUGCGAUGAAAUUUGUAUACUUCGACACAAGCAAAGAGA